UUUCCUCCAUGUGAUUUUGAGCUGAGCAAUUUUAAGAAGUAAGAGAAUGACAACAUAUACCUGAAAAUUUAAAUACAAACAGGCAAAAUGGGAUCGACUUGAAGGUGGCACCCACUGCAGCUCUGCACACCUAAAAGCAAGUUUUUUCCGAGAGGACAGUGGAAGUUGGCACAUCCAUUACGUGUGCACCCAGCAAGGAGCAGCCUGCUGCUGUCUGCAGGAGAACCAGCCCGGGAGAAACGGAAUUAAGGUCCAAGGAUGUUCAUUGAUUAUUAAAAGAACAAAUGGAGCUAGAAUUCCACUGCCUUCCAAGUUGCAUGAAGGAAUACUGCUGCUGAAAAGCUUUUAUUAAAGAGACCCAAGUACCACCAUGGUAAAGAGAUUCCUACAUGAUCUUAAGGCAUACAGGAACUGCAAAUGCUCUCAUUUAAAAUGUAUAUAGCAUCCUGUAAAACAAAUUAGACAUUCACUAUUUGUAGUAUUAUAUUUCAGUCAGUUUUAGGCCUAAUUAAUCUGACUUUUAAAGGAUUUUAAUUUCCUAUACAAAAAUUUGUAUCUUUUUCAAUUCCAAACAAAAAUGCUUACUAAGAAUUCAGUUGAAACCAACCAAAAAUCUGAUUUUUUAGGUAUUGCCAUUAAACUGUGAGUACUAACAUCUUUUCUGCAGAUAUUUUAACCAUGGAAACUUAUUCUGCCUCAGUAUCACCUGUUAUAUGUAACAGCACAACUUUUAACCUGAAUGGAUCCCAUUUGUGCAAUGAAAGUAUAUCCUCUAGAUUAGCUGAUAAAUCAGAACACCAACAAUACGUUAUUGGCCUUUUCUUAUCAUGUCUUUACACAAUAUUCCUUUUCCCUAUUGGUUUUGUGGGAAACAUUCUGAUACUGGUUGUCAACAUUAGCUUUCGGGAAAAAAUGACAAUCCCAGACCUUUACUUCAUAAACCUGGCAGUGGCUGAUCUCAUUCUCGUGGCCGAUUCCCUCAUUGAGGUCUUUAAUCUUGACGAGAAAUAUUACGAUAUCACCAUCAUCUGUACCUUUAUGUCUUUGUUCCUUCAGAUCAACAUGUAUAGCAGCAUUUUCUUUCUGACAUGGAUGAGUUUUGACAGAUACCUAGCCCUGGCCAAAGUAAUGAGGUCCAACUUAUUUCGCACUAUGCAGCACGCUAGACUGAGCUGUGGGCUCAUAUGGAUGGCAUCCAUUUCGGCAGCUCUAGUCCCAUUUACAGCCGUGCACUUACAGCACACCGGAGAGGUCUAUUUCUGUUUUGCAGAUGUAAAAGAAAUCCAGUGGCUAGAGAUAACCCUGGGGUUUAUUAUCCCCUUUGUGAUCAUCGGUCUUUGUUACUCAUUAAUUGUUCGAGUCCUUAUAAAAGCACACAAGCACAGGAGUCUCCGGCUGCGGCGACAGAAGGCUCUGCGCAUGAUUUUCGUUGUUGUCCUGGUUUUCUUUAUCUGCUGGCUCCCUGAAAACGUCUUCAUUAGCGUCCAGCUUCUCCAGAGGAAAAGCGAGCCCGUCUCCUCAAACAGCCCAUCCUUCAGGCAUGAUUAUCCUUUAACAGGACAUAUUGUGAACCUAGCAGCUUUUUCUAAUAGCUGCUUGAACCCCUUAAUUUACAGCUUUCUGGGGGAAACCUUCAGAGACAAACUGCGACUGUACAUUGAACAGAAAACAAAAAUGUCAACAUUGCAUCGCUUCUGUCAGGCUGCCCUAACGUCUGUCAUUCCUGACAGUAAUGAGCAAUCAGAAGUCUGAUUUAGUGGCAUUGUAAAGAACAUAUGACUGUGAAGUUGUGCAAAUAGUGAACAAAAUGCUUGCUACUAACCGAAAAAAGUGCAUUUGUGUGUGUGUAUAUAUAUAUUGUAUCACUCUAUUGAGUAUUGAAGGUUUAUAUUCAAAAUGUUUUUAUGACAAGACUUUAAUGUAGAAGAAUAUGUUUUAGUCAGAGUUAUAUUUAAUUAUGAACAGGAUUAUUAAAAGCUGAGCACUGAAGAAGCUUUAUUUUGUAUUAUACAUAUAUGAAUGGCAAUAUAAGAGAAAAUUUUAUCAACUUAGGAAGACUCUAGAUGUAAUCUGAUUAUCAGAGAUGAUACUUUGCUGGUGUAUAUAAGCUACUUCCACUGAAAUAAUGAAGCUGCCGUAACAGUGAGGAAAAAUCAUUACAACAUAUUGAUGUGGAGAUGCAGAAAACAUUGAUUUUUUUUUCACCCAAACAUGUUAAGAUGAAUGACUUUGCUUACAAGAAGUACACGGUACUAUCGUCACUGUAUUCUAGCAUGUCUUCCAUGAUUAAGUUUUUGAUCUUAAUAUAAUCAAGCACAGUGAUGAGUUUUUGUCUCCUAAAUGUAAUCUACUGUUUACAUCAGUACUUGAUCAAAACCAAAAUCAUCUGUAACUAUAGUGCUCAUCUCAAAGAACUUCACAGAAGCAAAAUGCAGUGCUUCAUUCUGUCUUUUAAGGUUUGACCCUGAUGAUCUCUCUCAGAACAAACAUAAUUGGCCUUUUUGUCAAAAGUACACCAACAUCGUGUACAUUCACACCUGCCUUCAGAUUUGAGUGCACACUGCACAAAAUCUCUUCACAUUCCAGAACAAAAUGCUGUGAUUUUUAAGGAAGUGUCACUUUCUGCAAAAGAUACUGUAGAUAUUGUGUAGAUAUGGCUUGUAAGAGUGACAGAAACCUCAAUUUUUAGGAAGGAAGACCAUAUGUAAUGGAGAGUGUGAUUAUCAGAUCUGAACUUCAAGCACACCCAUCCCACCUCCAGAAACCCCCAGCCUUUCAAAAUUGUAAGAUGCAUUUUAGAUGCUUUGAUCAUUUGAAGAUUAAUUAUGCUAAGCAAACAAAUGAUAGCACCACUUAGUGGAAAACAAUAGUGUUUCUUUUCUUCUAGCAAAUAAUUGGGUUGUAAAUCUGAUUGAUGUUUAGCACAGGUUACUCCUGGACUUGUUCAGAGGAAGCUAUAAAGUUCCUAGAGAUUAGUGUGCAAGAUCAUUAAAAUAUCACUUGCUACAUCUCUUAAGUGAACAAACUCAUUUCACUUCUGUGCUUAUUGACUGAAGCACCAGAACUCAGCAGAAUAAGAUGUUCUGUCCUAUUUUCAAAUGUCAUAUAUUAAUUAAUUAGCACAGUAACAGAUUUUAAAGGAUUUUUAAAUGUAGACCUUUAAAACAAUGACUAAAGCUACUAAAGCAAUAAAGAAAACAGUGGAAAUGAUGAUUCCAUUCAUAUUUCUCAUGAAAUAUCUUGAGCUUCUUAGUGGAAGCCUUGGCCACAGAAGACUUGACCUAUAAACAGAAAGGCCACAAGACGAUGAUGGCUGAAUUUGAAAUAGAUAGCUGGAUAUUCCUGCAGCUCCAACAGGAACAGCACUGUUGGAGGCUGAGGCAACUGCAGAUUAUUUGCAAGUAUUCCUAAUCACAGUCUAAUGAAAAAUGUGCUCAGUUCCAUCCUCUCUGCACAAUACCAAGCAAAUCUCCCCUCAAGACAGAUGCAAGCAGAGAACAAGUUGCUAAAAUACAGUAAGUCAUCUCCCACCAUUGUGCUGCAUCACACACACCCUUUUUCCUCAGUAUUUUAGCCACAAUUACUCAGGUCCUGUGGACUGCCAAUAGACAUUACUCACACCAGUAAAGAUGGCUAUUUCAGACAACACCCAGCUGAAGGAAGGGAUAAUUGUUUUGGCAAUGCAAUUCUGAGAAGACAGACACAUCUUGAGCUUACAGAUUUAUUAGG